UCAUCGUUUCCCAGGGUACAAACCGGAAACUUAUAAUUGUGAAUUUAGCACGUGGUACACAGGGAGUAAUGAAAAAUUUAGAUCAUUCCCACAACGUAUGGAAAAAUAUCCAUCAGAGAAGCGGAGGAAGAAUCCAUUUCUUACAUGGCCGCAAUAUCCAAACCAGAAAACGUGUAAGGAUUCUGUUUUGACAAGAAGGGGAGCUUUACAACAUUUACAGCUUGGACAACACUUAUAUGACUCAUAUAUCAAACAUUCCCACCUUUUCGAAAAAUCUUCAUCAAGCCUGAUAUACGCUAAAAGUACGGGUACAUUAAUAACAUACCAAAGUGCAGUUGCAUUUAUAUACGGGUUUCUACCUGUCACAAACCUUUCUAGCUUCGAUAUAGACUACUCGGAAGAUUUACACUUUUGUUCAAAGAAAUAUUCCAUGAAGGUGACCUGUAGUUGUCCACAUACACGAGACUUAUUUGCGCGCUCCAAGAGGUUUCAAAGCGCAAUAAGUAAAAACAGUCCGUACUAUAGGACACUUCGUGAGUUUUACACUCUUUUUGGUAUUGACGACAACGAUUUAAUACUGCUGGCGGGUAUUGCGGAUGCUUUAGUUCCGACCUAUUGCCACAACUUGACAAUUCCUUGUUCAGCAUUUAAUUCAUCAAAAUGUGUUGAUCAUAGUUUACUAGGUACAAUAUGGGACGCCAUGACCCCAGUUUUGCUUGAAGUGGUUGACUGAGUUAAAGAACUAAUAGAAAACAAUGGCAAAUCGACAUUUAUUCUAUACUCUGGCCACGAUGUUACAAUACCACCCUUACUUUACGUUUUAGGUCUGCAUGACGGAAGAUGGCCGCCAUAUGCGUCACGCGUUGUCAUGGAGUUAUAUGAAAAAGAAAAUGAAGAUACCAAUAACAAAUUUUAUCUGAAGUUUUUGUAUAAUGGUUUUGACAAAACUGAGAAAGUUGUUUUCUGUAAGAACAGAACGCUGAAUGGCCUCCGUAAUUUUAAAUUAUUCACACGAAUUGUUGAACAGGUUUGGUUAUGUUUCUUCUAA